UCUAUGAUCUAGUGCCGACCUACUUGGUCUAAUUGGUUCAAUGGUUAAUUUAAGUUUCGAAACAAGAUGGCGGCCAAAGGAAAGGCAUUUUGUCAUGUGGAGAAAAACUUAAAAGCUUUAGAAAAGUUUCCUCGCGUAGCUCUUAAUAACAUAAGAGAUUUUCCCGAGGCAUUUAAACCGGUAUGUGUAUAAUACCAUUGUUUUUUGAUGAUCUUCAUUACAAACGAAAUAGAUAGGAUUUUGGAUUUCGAAAUUCUGAGGACAGUGGAGUUUUAUAUAGGACACAUAUGCCUUUCUAUAAUAGGAUGUUAAAAAUGAUCCUUACCCAUGUCAAAGUCAAAACGUUUCUCCAAUGCUUUAUGUUCCAUGUCCAACCUAUUAUGUCCCUACUUAUUUUUUUUACUUGUCUAAACGCCAAACGAUUUUACUCGUCAAUGACCCAAAUGAGAAGCUCUGCAGCUUAAUGGGUUAACCAAACAAUCUGACAAUGUCUCUAGUUAACCAAAAAAUCUGACAAUGUCUCUAGUUAACCCAUUGAGCUGCAAUGCACCCCAGUGCGCCCUACUUAUUUUUUUUACUUAUUAUUUUUACUUGUCAAUGGGGAAGCUCUGCAGCUUAAUGGGUUAAAGGGUCAUUCGGCUGAUUCCCUGAAGAUAAUAGUUCAGGGCCAUUUUUAAGGAUUUUCCCAUGGGCGGCUCUGGUUCCGGCUGGAACUUAAAAAACCGGUUCCGGUUCAUCCCUAGGUUGAAGGCCAUGUGUGGCCACAACAUAUCACGCAUGUAUAGGGGGGUCUGGGGGCAUACUGCCCCAGAAAAUUUUUGAAAUUUGAAAUCCGGAAAUGCCAUUUCCUGCAUUCUGAGCAUCCAAAUUUGCUCUGGAUUUACUUCCCAGCUUGUAUGUUAAAAAAGGCCCUGUAAUAGUUAUAGCAAUUUUUGUAUAUUUUAAUACUUGUAAAUGUAUUCACUCCAACUCUGGACCAAUUUGAAAUUGGAACAUCAUGAAAAAUGUGAAAUAUAGUCAUACAAAUGCAAAAAGGAUGCAAUUUCCUUCCCUAUAUUCCAAUAUACAAGCCAAUUUCACUACUAUUUUUGUGAUUUCUGAUUUUUGCAAUCAUCAGAUUGCCAGUUGAUUUCAAGUUGGUUUGAUCAGUCAGUUGAUUUCAAGUGUAUGAGAAUUUCUGCCAUGGCUGAUCCCUCCCCACCAUGUAUAACUAAAUAUAAAUUUGUGUACCUGAUAUUUGGUUUGUGUGAUGUUAACAUUUCACAGUGAUUUAAAGCAGAUGUUCAAAUACAUACCAGACUAAGUACAGUACACUGUAUGUACAAAUUGAAUAUCUACAAGUUAAAGGGGCCCUACAGUCAUUUUUUCAUCGAAAAGCCACCUUAAGUAGGGGACUCCACGGAGAUUCGUUUGGCUGUAUCUUACAUGCAGUAUCCAUGAGUAUGAGUACUUCCGCACACCGGAGGGCACAUGCAUACUGUGGUGCGCAUGUCAAGUAGCGACAAUGACAAAAAAAUGUAAACAAUACUUAAGGUGGCUUUUCGACUAAAAAAAUGACCGUAGGGCCACUUUAAAAGUUAGCCUGCGAGCAGGCUGCUAGACUAUGUACGCUAUUAAAGAAUGUUGGACACCCCUUUGAACCUAUAACCUGUUUAGGUCUGAUUAGAUGCUGUGUAACUUACAAAGUUUAUUUAACCCAUUAAGCGCCAGCGCUCUCCCCUUGACGAGUAAAAUCGUCUGGCAUUGGACAGAUUAAAAUACUAAAGUAGCGUGCAUCAGGGUGCAAUGCGACUCAAUGGGUUAAUUAAUGUUGUCCUCUGAAGGUAAAAGCUACCAACCACAAAACCGAAAAGCACGACGUUUCAAUCGUGGACCUGUUUAUGUUUCUUUCAUAAUGCUUCUAUUUGUUUGUAUCAUUUGGCAAAACUUCCAUUCCCCAAUUCUACAUAUGCACAUCCACAUCAUGCUUUUCUUGCUAGAGGGUUUUUUAGUUCUGAUUUUGACGAGACAACCUUAAAAUUGACACACUUCUAUGAUAUUCAAAAUUAUAUCUACAGUGUAGAUAUAAUAUACAGUAUCUAAAUAUAUCUACAUGUAAUAUGAUGUACUUGGUGUUUCGUGUGCACAAUGCACGAGUAUUUUUUCGUUUGUGUCUAUGCAGCUUUUCUUACCGUUUAAAUAGAAAAUAAAUUAAUAAUAGUCAUGGUACUGGUAUCAGUAUAUUUAUUUUAUACCUGUAGCAUUACAACCAGUACUUUCAUGCAUGCAGGUAUCAAAUAAAUAGUCCUUAAUAGUAAAUAUGAAAUGUCGCCAUGUUAUAAUUGUUAAUUUACCCACAUACAAGCAUCACAGAAAAGGCAGAGGACCUGGUUCUGGUCGUGGAAAAACCUCAGGGAGAGGACAUAAAGGGCAAGGUCAACGUGGCACUUUGCCAAGAACGGGUUUUGAAGGAGGACAGACUCCUUUCUACCUCAGGGUACCAAAACAUGGCUUCAAAAAUGUGUAAGUAAUUGACAAAUUGACAUAGUGGUAUAUGAGGUAUCUCGAGCAUCUUGAAAUAUGAAUCAUUCACAAUAUGAAUAUCCACUAACGAGAAAAUAUAUGAAUUUUUUGUAUUUUUAACGUAUCCAUUUGUUCUGCAAAAUACAAGUAUACAACAUUCACAAAACUUCUAAAAUUAUAAAAUUAAAACCUGUACUAUAGCGAAAGUUAUUACCUCCGCCAUGCAUGAAGAGGUUACUGUAUGUUUUUCCCUAAUCCUCGGUUUGUGUGUUUGCCUGUCACCAGGAUAACUAAAAAACUAUCAAACAUGCUCAACUGGCUAUAUAUAUACUAUCAUUGCAUGCAACUAUGCAAGUUUGAAAUAUACUAAUUUUCUCCUUUUUUAUGUGACACUGCCUCCUGACCAAAAUUAUUAGUUUUAGAAUGUGGAAGAUAUUAGUUUGAAAACGUUUUUGGCUUCUACAGUGUCGCAGUUUUAAGCGUGCCUAACGCUUAACCUGCGCAGCAGGCGUUUACUUGCUUAGCAGGCUAAGUAACACUCGACUUGACCGUUGCAUAUUUAUGUUUUUGUUCUUUUACCAUCAUCGGCAACAAUCUUCACUAGUUUUUUCAGUUAGAUAUCAGGCAAUAUACACAUGGUUACUUUAAACAAAAUUACUGUGGAAAAUAGCUACAAAUGCACUUUCCGGGUUUGUAAUUUUUUGAGGGAGGGCAUGCCCCACACCCCCUAGGAAGGUUCAUCCCCCCCCCCCCAAUUGCUGGCAGAGGUAUGCAGCCUUGAACUACACCCUAUAGUUUUAAAUGCAUGUAUAGAUUCGCAAAUAAAUAUUUCUCAGAACACUGAUAAAAUUAUGUUACGCUGCACUUAUUAGCUAGAUGUCACUUUUCUGCAGAAAGCUUUUUGCGUUUCAUUGCGUUGUGCAAAUAAGGAUUUUUUAUUUUCCAGAAACAAAACGAAUUACGUGCCAUUAAAUCUGAACAGACUUCAAUAUUUCAUUGAUUGUGGUCGUAUUGAUAUCAAUGAGCCUAUUAAUAUGAAUACACUUUGGACGACAGGAGCUGUAUCGAAAGUUGGAGAUGGUGUCUGUCUUUUAGGAACAGUAAGUUCAUCAGCUUUGUUUUACAGUAAUUUCAUAUCUGUAUAUUGACAUCGUUUCCAUGGACCAUGAAAGUGGGAAAUUUCAAGUUGCAGCAAAAAUUGUCUCGUGUGACAUUGCCAUUGGCUUAAACUGCAGGCUUAUACCACUAAAUUCUAUUUUUUUGACAAAUUUUCCACACAACAAGGAUCGGUGCCGGAAAUUCCUGUCAAUUUGUCGCAAAAGUUGAAGUAUAUUUGUAUUUCAGGGUUCCGAAACGUUUAACUCGAAGAUAAAUAUCGAGGUUAGUCGAGCUUCUAAGAAAGCCAUUGAGAGUGUAGAACAAAAAGGAGGACAAAUCACUUGUGCUUACUAUACUAAAUUGGGGCUACGUGUACUCUUAAAACCUUGGAAAUUUGACGAGAAAAGAAUGCCUAGGAGAGCCGCACCACCACCUAAACUGGAGAAGUAUUACAGAGAUCCCACCAAACGAGGGUAUUUGGCUGAUCCACAGGAAAUAGAUGUAGAAAGACAAAAAGUACAUCAAAAUAUUGAUAAUGAUUCUGAAUCGUUGGUAAACAAAGUUAAAAAUAUGAAUUUAUCUGCUGAAUGAUACCAAUAUUGCUGUUCUGGACAACUUUAGACUUUAGUACUGUUCAGGAUAUCAUUAGUGUUAAAUAUAUUGAAAAACUGGAAUCAAUUGUAACCAAGUCUGAUUCAAGAUGAAAGAAUUAACUGGAGCUGGUUGCAUGGUUGUAUAAAAAAGUAGUUAAAGUAACUAUACAGUUAACUUUCCAGUUAACGUGAAAGUUAGCCAAUCAAAGACGUGUAUUUUAGGGUCAACUACAAUUUAAUUACAAAAUAGUGGUUAAAAAGUAGUUACGAGUUUUAUACAACCGAGUUUUAUACUGGAAGUACAGUACGCCAAUAUUACUGUCUGGUACUUCUUUGUUUUCAACCAAG